AUGCCCCGACCAAUCUUGAAGACUUUGUCGUCGUAUGCCAGCCCUCAAACAAACAGUAAAACCAACGGCGACGAAAGACGCAUAGCUUUGAAGCGACAUACUGGUGCAACCCGAUGCGUGACAUUUUCGCCAUUUACUAAGCCAAGUUUAAAGCCGUCAACACCAGAUCUCACUGGAUUCACAUUCUCCAGCCCCACCUCUGUAAGAGAAACGAGUCGAUCAAGACGGAGAAGGGAGUUACAAAAUCUGCACACUCUUUACAGAGCAGCGAAACGUAAUCCUCACAGCAUUAAAACGCGGCUGUUGGCGAGUGUUCCUGGGUUUAAGCAGCUUCACACGUGCACAAAACACUGGCUAGAGUUUGGAAGAAGACUCCACGACGCAGUUUUGCGACAUCAAAGUACGCACUCUAAGCGGCUACCAAGAAUGAUCUAUCGUGUCCCGUGGACAGCUUUAAAUGGUUCAGAUCACGAAUAUGUUCAGCAACUCACUCUCAGCCCGAAAUCCUUAUCUAAACCUUAUUCGCAACAUUCUAUAUUAGACGACCACCCUCUUUUACAUCGGGUGCCGCAGCUGAAUCUUACUUCACCUAACCAAGGCCAUUUUACAGAAUUGCUUCGAAGAGAAGGUAUGUUGGCUGAUGAAGACGAGCGACAAAUGCGACAAGCUCUUGAUGAGGACCUUCGUGGUAUUAACCAGUUGACAAAAAGGCGCCGCAAGAAACAUUUUCUGGCUUUAGUGUGGAAAAUUGAGCAGAAAUAA